GUGUAUUAUUAACCAGGAUAUUUUUGCACCCUCUCUGUUAGCUUCAGUCUUCCACCAGCAGUUGAUAACAAUGCGGCUAAUCAGAGAUUCUCUGGUUUUGCAGAUUUUAAUCCUUGCAGUUGUCCAGUUUUGCCGGUCUGAGAAUGUGUUUCUUGAGGCACAGGAUGCAUUCUCCAUGUUGAAAAGAGCUCGGCGAGCCAACAGUUUCUUUGAAGAGACAAGGGCAGGAAAUUUGGAGAGAGAAUGUAUUUCAGAAUAUUGUGACUAUGAGGAGGCUCGUGAAGUGUUUGAGGAUGAUCAACAAACAGCAGACUUUUGGGAAAGAUAUAGUGUUUGUGUUGGAGAUAAAACAGACAGUUCCCUUCCAGAAUACCUGACAGAGUGCUUGGCUGGAAACUGCUAUAAAGAAAUCGGCUCCAAUUAUAAGGGCAAUGUUUCAAUAACUAUAUCUGGGAGGCAGUGUCAGAGCUGGUCAAGAAACUUUCCACACAAACCAGAAUAUAAUCCAGUGAAGUACAAUGAAUCUGACCUUGUUAAUAACUACUGCCGGAAUCCAGAUGACAGCCAAAGAGGACCAUGGUGCUACACCAAAGACCCAAAAGUUAAAAUAGAAGCGUGUUACAUUCCUCGCUGUGGUGAAACAUUGGAACCAUUGCCACCUCAGCCACCAGGACAAAAGCCAACUGCUGAUUGUGUUCCAAAUCAAGGAAGAGACUACAGAGGAACAUUGAAUGUAACUCUAAGUGGAAAUCUUUGCCAGGCUUGGAGCUCACAAUAUCCUCACAAGCACAAUUAUACCAAACAGAACUUACCCACAGCAGACUUGGAAAAGAACUACUGCAGGAAUCCAGAUGAGGAUGAAGAAGGCGUAUGGUGUUAUACCACUGACCCAUCGAAAGAAACCGAAUACUGUAAACUCAACUACUGUGAUGAUCUCUAUGAUCCAUUUGAACCUCCAACAUUGGAGGAAAUAGAAUCCCAGGGUACAUUUGCUGGUCGAACAAGUACGACUGAGUAUGUGACCUCAUUCAAUCCAAGUUAUUUUGGUAAAGGAGAGAGUGAAUGUGGACUGAGACGAUUGUUUGAGCUUAUAAACAAACAAGAUAAAGAGGAGAGGGCAUUGCUGGAAUCCAUCAAAAGUCGGAUUGUGCAUGGACAAGAAGCUGAAAUGGGAAGUUCCCCAUGGCAAGUGAUGUUGUUCCAAAAAGAUCCCCAGCAGCUGCUCUGUGGCGGAAGCUUAUUGAGUGACCAGUGGGUUAUUACUGCAGCUCACUGUAUCCUCUAUCCACCGUGGAACAAGAACUUCUCAGCCUCAGACAUUGUUGUCCGUCUUGGAAAGCACAUUCGAGCUCAGUACGAGGUUAAGAGAGAGAAAAUCGUUAAGCUUGACAAAAUUAUUGUUCAUCCCUAUUACGAUUGGCAAACGAACCUUAACCGUGACAUCGCAUUGUUGCAUAUGGUGAAACCUAUUUCUUUCAGUGAUUAUAUAUCACCCAUCUGUCUACCAACAAGAGAAGUCACUGCAAGGUUGCUACAAAAUCAGCACAAGGGUCGGGUCACAGGUUGGGGAAAUCUGGCAGAAUCCUUUGUGAAUAUUCCUUCUCUGAAACCUCAGGUGCUACAGCAGAUCCAGCUCCCCAUCGUUGAGCAGCGUAUAUGUAGGACAUCCACCAACAUUAAAGUGACGAAUAACAUGUUCUGUGCAGGCUUCAGUCCAGAAGACAAGGAGCAUGGAGAUGCCUGUGAAGGUGACAGUGGUGGUCCUUUUGUGAUGAAGAAUCCCACAGAUAAUCGGUGGUACCUGAUUGGAAUAGUUUCUUGGGGAGAAGGAUGCGACAGAGAUGGAAAAUAUGGAUUUUACACUCACGUAUUCAAGUUAAGGAAGUGGUUGAUGAAGGCUAUGAAGAACUUCAGUUCCAAUUAAAGGUUGUAAUAUUCUACUCCAAAGAGGUUAUGGUCAUUUUCUGAGAAAAUUAGGAACAAAUUUGAAUGAAUCAGCCAUUGCCAAACUUUAGUUUUUGAUGUGUAUGAAAUAAAUGAGAAUUAAGAUGG